CUGUUAUGUUUUAUCUGUGGUUUCUAUGAGUGUCGAGUAACGAUGUUUAUCCAUUUAAAAAUCGCAUGAUCACAGGCAAUGAGAGUUACCUUUAUUACAAGGAAGUAAAUUGAAUAAUAUGUCUGACCUCAUAUGAUCCAAUUACGUGUUUAUAUCGCCCACACGACCGCAAUAACGUUCGUGUAUUAAUGAACUGAGUCAUUGUAUCGGAGGAGGUUGAACUGUGGGCAGUGAACCAAGGAGUAAUAUGUUGCAUUCCAAACCACAAUGGCAGCUGCAGGCGUUGGCAGCUCAGCGCAGGGACAACGAGCUGCGGCGAGCAGAAGAGUUACAAAGAGUGGCACAUUACUUUGAGGCCAACACCAACAAAUCCAGGCAUCAUGAGCAGUGGACCACGGAGGGUUAUUAUGAAAAGGCCAACAAGGAAGCGGACCUGCUUAGGGAUAAGAAGAUUAGAGCUGUGCAGUUAGAAGAAAGGCGCAAGAAGCUUGAGCUGAUGCUGUUUCAGGAGAAUAUGCAAUAUCAACAAGAACUGAAGAAUCUUGCAGCACAACCCAAAUUAUUUAAAAAUGGUUCAUACCUCAACAAAGUUCCGACAUCAGUCCUCCAAGAUAUAAACCAAGGUAUAAUGGAAAAAGAGGAGCAACUACGCAAGCACGAGGCGGAAUUGCGACUGCAUCAUGCGUGGCGCAUGCGUCAGCCGGAGUUAAGGGCCACUAACUCUUACAUCGCGAAUGGAAAGCUGAAGUCUGCUUGGAUGGAGCAAAUAGUGGAAAAAGAAAUGCAGAAGAAGAAAGAAGAAGAAGAGACUCGUAAGACGCUGCAGGAACGAGAUGAGAUGUUACGCAAGCAGAUACAGUUAGAGGAACAGAAAUUGAGGGAGAAGGAGCAACAGAUGAAGGAGCUCCGCAACAGUUUGGAAGGACAAAUUGCCGAGUUAAGCGAGAAAGAGACAAUAGUCAAGCAAUUAAGGAAGCAAGAAGAAAAGGAAAGGCAUUUACUAGAUGAGUUGAUGUUCAUAUCAAGCGAAAGAGAGAGGGAACACGCCAAGUUAGUGUUAGAGAGAGAGGCCAUCAUUGUGAAUAUGGGCCUUCAUAAAUACAAGUUGAAGAGACAAGUGAUGGCUGUGAUGAAGGAAAUUGAGUUGGAUUUGGAAAUGCUUGAAAAGUUGCAGCAAACUGUGCUAAAGGAGCACGAAGCCGAGCAAGAGAAAUGUGCGAAUCACAAACGCGUGAUAGACGCAGCGAUCAAACAAUUGCAGGAGCACCGCGAGAGGGAACAACAGAGGCAGAGGAAUAUCGACGCUAUGUACGACGGAGAGGCUCGCCAGAUCAAUGAGAAACAGGACAGGUUAUGGGCAAAAGAACGCGAAGCUCGCGCCGUCCUAAUGAACGAAGUGAUGACAACACUGCGCAAGCAAGUGGAGGAGAAAAUAGAGGCGAAUAGGCAACGGCAAAAGGCGAAUGUUUUGGAACGGGAGAAGAUUCUGGAACAAAUGGACAGCUUCCACCAGGAAGUCAGGAGUAGAGAGCGUGAGACACAGCUGAAAAACUCAUCGUACUCAACGGUGACGGCGCUGCAAUCGCAACUGAACAGCUUGCGGUUACAGCAACAGCAGUUGGAAGAGACGUGCGCGAGGGAGAGCGAGCUGCGCGAGGAGGCGGCGCACGAGCGCAAGCUCAGGACCGAGAUUGCGCGAGCGCAGAAGGAGGGCAAUGUGCAGGCCUGGACAUAAGGCUAGAUUGUAGUACAGGGUGUGAGGUGUAUCAUACUGAAAUAAUGCAUAUAAUAUCAACAGUUCCUCAAGCGAUGUGGGUGAGUCAAUUUGUUACAAAUUGCACGGCCAGGAUUGUAAAACUUUUAUAAUAAAAAAAAAAGUUGGUAUGUAGGAAUCAAACAAAUAUUUUCACAGUUCACAAUAUAAGUACUUUGCCAGUCGCCAUUUGACCCAGGAACGAUAUAAACAUAAUUUGCGCGAUCCCUAUAUAGCUUUAGAAUCUAUUAAACUAGCGAACAAGUUUUGCUGAAUUUAUAUCGAUCUCAGGAGACGGCAAGGGUAGUCCAUCAUAAUUUAAAACAUUAAUUUGAACACCUGUUGAAGUUCAUAAUUUACAAUAUAAUAUAUGUUAUUUCUAUGUAUGAUAUAUCCCUCGGUAAGAUCGGAGUAUGAUAUUAAGAACCACUCAGUAUAGUUUUGGUCGUUCUUGCCAUAAUGUGGUUGUAUUUUAAAGGCACAUAUUGCGUUUGUGUAUAACUCACUAGGGAAUUUGUAUUUUAAAAGAGGCAAAACUAUAUUUCUAGCAUAAGGAAAAACUUAUCUCCUUUUUCAAAAAUCGAACCAAAUGGCCUUUUUUCGAACUAUUGUAAAAAUGGACCAAUCAGAAUAAAGAUUUUUGCCAAGCUCACAAAUGAGUUAUUUUGAUUGGUUCAUUCUCGGAAUCAGAUUGAAGAUUGAGAUUGGGAUUGUUUUGAAAACGGUCAUAAGUUAUAAUUUAUUAUAUAAUUUCUAUAUCUAAGGUAGCUAAAAUAUAUAAAUUGAUUUAUCAAUUUACCCAUGUAGCUAAAUGAAAAAUGAAUUUCAGAUUCAAUAAUUAAUUUGUUACGCAAUAUAUCAUAAAAGACUGAGAUGAAUCUGUAUAGUCAUUAUGAAUAAGAAAAUACAGCUUUAUAGAAAAAUAUGAAGUUAUUUUUGUAAUACUUGUAGUAGAAUUUUAAAUAAAAUAUUUAGUUUAUUAUAUUUUCUUACAAAAUAAGAAAAUAGCAAAUGUAUUUUGUGUUGUGCAGUUUUUUUUUAUCAAUUGUCUGCAUAUUGAAACCAUAAUAUAUGGUUACUAUAAGUAAACAUUAAAUGAAUUAUAAAUCGUAAUUACCAGUAUUGUAAUACAAUGAUACUAUAUUUUUUAUGUUUAUAUUAACAUUCCAGUAAGAUAUAAAAGCGUGGUGCUUUAAUAAUUAUAAUGUUUUGUAUAAGCAAAGUAUGUGGUUGAAGAAGUUUGCACUAGUGUGGUUGUGGUUUGAUGUGAUAAAUAAAAUGGAUAUUAUAUUUUU